AUGGCGUGUGCAACGUUAAAACGUUCGCUCGACUGGGAAAGCCUAAACCAGCGGCCGACAAAACGGCGAAGAUGUCAUCCGUUCGGCAGCCCCAGCCAGAGCCCGUCCGCUUCCUCCUCCCCGUCGGCCUCAUCUUCCACAUCCGUUGCGGCGGCCGCCGCUGCCGCAUCGAUGCGCGUCAUGGAACCCAAACCGUCGCCUUUUGCAGAAGCCACCUGUUCCAAGCUAACACCAGAAAAAAUGGCACAAAAUAUCACUGAGGAAAUCAAAAGACUGCACCGCAGGAAACAACUCACUUUUAACAGCCACAAUGUCGAACGCAUGCAGGAUUCCGAAUCGAGCGGCUCAGAAAUGGGCCCGGACAGUCCCCGCCGACCAGACAGUCCACCGAGCAUGGUGAAAAAUCCGGAGAAAGCCCUGUUUACCUUCAAGCAGGUACAAAUGAUCUGUGAGCGUAUGUUGAAAGAGCGAGAGGAUGCCUUGAGAGAGCAAUACGAUGCAGUGCUGACCACAAAACUAGCCGAACAGUAUGAUGCAUUUGUAAAGUUCACAUACGACCAAAUACAGAGACGUUACGAAGCAGCGCCAAGUUACCUCUCCUAA